AUGAGUGAGCUAGUUUUUGAAGAUGUAUCCAUGGAAAUUAACAAAGUUGCAAUUGCAAACAACUUAACAUUCUAUGCCACGAGACUGUGCUGUAUCUUCUUCAGUCCAGACUGUGGUACUUUCAAGGAGCUGUCGCUCCUCUUUUCCAAGAUACAUCUGCACUCUGCAAACGAGAUUAAAGUUCGGGGAAGUGUAUAUUUCGAUGGAAAAGUGCUUCCAGCAGCGAAGUUCCACCAUCUUCUCAACCAACAUGUCGUAUGCGAGGGCAACGACAGUGUAUUUGAUGUUCUCUCCUUGAUUAACAGAGAAGAGGCUGAGAAUAUGGUAAGGAAGCUUGACAUUUACUUUUACAAUAAAAGAACUGACCAUUUGAAUGUGCAAGAAUCUAGGAUUUUUGAGAUUGCUGUUAAUUUGAUUGCCAAACCGCCUGUUAUGUACCUUAAAGUGCUUGGAAUGAGCCGCAAGCAGAAAGACAAGUGCCUAUCAAUACUCUCGGAAUUUGUGCAGCAGCAUGAGUCUGUAGUUUUUGUUGAAACCGAUUUUCGGAUAUAUUUGACUGUGCGGUUAUUGUCAAGCAUGAGAAGAUACUCUCUCUAA